GUGUGGCGGACCCCGCUGGAGGAGGUCCUGAGUGCACCGAACCUCAAUGAUGACGGCGCGGGCUCGCUGGAAGAGCUCUUUUGCGAGGCGGUCUCUUCGGCGUUGGAGCAGCGCGCCGAGUUCUAUCGGCGCGUCGUGCAGCCAUACUGCCAGCAGUACCCUUUCCGACUGUUUUACAUGGUUGUUUCGCCUGCCGACGCCAGGUGCGAGCGGAGGGGGCGCAUCGCCCAUGAGCUGCUCACGGACGCUGGGAUCGUCGACGACACGACCAUGAAGUUCAGGGCGGCGUUCGAGGCGGAAUUGAAGCAGGCAUCAGCUGACGGGACUCUCUGCAGUCGCUGCUGGACGCUGCUUGCCGACGCCGCGUCCAUCCUGAAGAUGUCCGUCCGCGACAUCGAGGGGUGCAAUUCGAUACUUAAGUGGAUGGACAAAGUGGCGCCCAGCAUCAAGCUAAAACUCAUGUCGAGCAGGCUUACACUCAAGAAAACGUUGGGUAUCAUUGGCGGGGACCAAUCCUCCAGGACUGCUCGGCGAGAUGCAAAGGAGAGGCGCGAUCAGCUGAUCGAGGAUAUGGCGGAGGGCCACGUCGCCACCAUGGCAUUCUGCAAAUCCUUGGAGGACAGGCUCAAGGGCGCGGCCAGCGGCUCCGUCGACGCCGACAGCUACGACGCCAUACCGCUGGCGCUGGCAGCGUUUCACUCCAACGCCGUCGAGGCCGAGGCCCUCGCCGUCGAGGAUGGCCCAGUGGGCGGCCAGUCUGACGACGACGCUCUCGCUAUCAUGGAUAUGGAUUCGGACGCGGAGUUCGUGGCUGCUGAUUGCGUCGGGCACCGAGAUGAUCCACGUGGCGGGGCUGCUGCUGGGGCUGGAGGAUCCAACUCAGAUCGCGGCGGGGAGGACGACUGGGGCGACGACGACGGCCUCGAGCUCCAAUUGCACGGCGGCGACAUGAUGGACCAUGCGCCUGAUCCGCGUUUUCCCCAGAACAUUCUCGACCGAUGCGCGGCGAUAUUGCUGAGCAUGCGGAAGUCAUUCGAGUCUACCGUCGGUGCGAGCUUUGGCCCAUCGUCUGCCUACGCAGUGAUUGUGAAGCACAAGUUUGGCGAUGAGGGCGAAGACGUCGAAGAGUGGUUUCUCGUCAGCAGCAAGGUCGGGAGAGCGACCUUUUGGAUCGCACCGCUGUGCCAGAACUUUGAUGCUGUCAACCCUGGCGGGCUGGGCGCCGUCAGGUUGCAGAGGCCGAUUGCGCAUCGCAAAUUCCACUGGGUAGUUGGGCAUCUGAUCCAGCAGGCAGGGCCCCGCGGCCUCGAGGUCCACUUGAGCGUCCAGGCGGCGCAGCUCAAGUGGGACAACGCGUUCCAGGCAUCAGUCGUGGAUGGUUUCCAGCUGCAAUGCGCCAAGGCACGUAAAAGGUUGAAAAAGGUAGAUGAAGAGGCGGUCGCCAUGGCCAUAGCCUGGGCCAACGGCGACGACGCGGCCGAUGGGGACAAUGGCGACGAGGAGGACGACGACAGCGAGGGCGGCGAUGAGGCGACCGAGGUCGCCGAGGUCACGAAGUAUCUCGUCUCCCUGGACCCUGGCGAGAGGGAGGACUUGGAGGCUGGAUGCGGUGGCCACGACACUAGCAUCGAGGAAGUCGUCGAGGCAGCGAAGGUGCGCAUGGAGAUGGGGGGGGACGAAGCCGAGGGCGAUGCCGUCUAUGAUCGACCUCGACCGCCUCGUCCUCGCGCGGCGGCCAGCUGCGACGACUACGACGGAGAUCGAGAUGAUCGAGAUCGAGAUGAACUGCUCCGUGUCAAUCGAGCCAAGGCGUCCGCCAGGGACAGCUACAACGGGCUCAAGAGCCUUCUGGAGUCUUUGAUGUCUGGCGGUCACGUCGUGCCUGAACCAACGAACAAGUGCGUGUCCCUCUUCUCCGUGGCCAGCGUGGUAGCAGGGGCGCAUGCGACCUCGCUGGACUGGUGGUACUGGGAGGACGUCGACCUCGGAGAGGGGCGAUGGAACCCUGGGAGUUCGGAGUAA